AUACUCAUGUUCAUAAAGAUGGUCUACAUAGCCACAGUUUAUGCUACCUUUAAUGGAUGUAUUGUAUGGAAUUUCUUAUAUGGAAAAGUCAACACUGAAAUGGCAAAUUAUUACAUUUGUUGUAGCACUUUGUAAAGUUGUUUAAAAAAAAAAAAACUAGAUUGAGAUUUACUGUAUAAUCCUCUGUGUAACAUAGGUGAAAGUGAAACCCAGGGGAGUUUGUGUAAAAGUGUGACGUGUAAGUGAGAAGAUGCAUUAACAGGUUUUUUUAUAAGGUUAAUGUGCUAGAAAUUGAGGUGCACCACACCCUGAAGGUAUAACCUGUAUUUGAUUGAUUGUUUUUUGUUUUGCGGUUAUUAGAUAAGGGGUGAAUACAUUCACAAAGGUCACUGCUUAAGAAAUAAACCAGUUCUAAUUUGAUGUUAAUUAUGUUCCCUUCCUGUAAACCUCUGUGUUUUAGGUAGCAACCUCUAUGACAAACAUACACAUGCCCUUAACAUAAACAAGCCAGCAUUUUCUCCAUCACAGUCAUAAUGCAUACUGGUUUUAUUUGUUUCUUUUCUCUGUUUCGUAUUUACAUAGAUUCAAAUCAGUUUUACUUUCAAAUUGUAACCGAAGAGUCGAACACAAAAGCAGCGUUUAGGGAUAGUGAAAGUAAAGUAAGUCUAUCUUCUCCAUGAGUUUGAUGAUUGGCAUGUCUGGGAUUUAAGCAGGAAAAGCAGUACGAGGUAUAGAUAUAAAUAGACUGAGACAGUGUCUGUUAAACAAACACAGAGAGUACAGCUCUGAAGAAUUAAAACUAUACACUGGCAGCUUCUGUGAAACAAUUCUUCAUUUCAUCAAUCAGGCUGAAUACUACAAUGGCGCAGAAGAUGAACGAUGUUAUGCAGAUGUGUUGUGAGGUUUCAGCAAGCUGGAAGAUGAAGGCUGCAGUGAAGAGUUCUCUGAAGGGAGGUGCAGUAACAGGAGGGACCGCAGUAGUAGGAGGGUUACUGCUUGGACCAGCUGGAUUUGUUGUUGGUGGAGCUGUCGGGGGUCUUCUGGGUGCCUGGAUGACCAGCGGUCAGUUUAAACCAGUUCCUCAGAUCCUCAUGGAGCUUCCACCUCAGGAGAAACAGAAGCUGUUCUCUGAGAUCAGUCUGAUUUUGAGCUCACUUGACUGGAAGGAUGUUACUCAGCUGAUGUUUUUGGUAAAAGGAGAUAAUGCACUGCUGCAGAGAGUCGAAGCUGGGAUUCAGUCCUUUGUUAGCAAUAAUCUAGGUGCUGUAGUGGAAUAUGGAGACUGAGAUUGAACACAGAGCAGGGCCAACUAUAAUGUUCAAGUAAUCUUCAAUUCUUAACAAUAUACCUUCUUAACUGUUCAUCUUAUAAACAUUCUGCAUUUGGGAUAAACCUUUACAAUUAAAAUUACAUAAACAUUUUAGUUUUAAUAUUUCUCAUUGAUUUUUUUUAUUUUUCUCAUUAUCAAAAUGUUUCAUUGUAAAGACAUA